GGAAGAUGUUCUCUACUAGGUACGGAGAUGUUACUCUAAAUUGAUCGCGCCAUCAGCUUCACGUCCGCGAAUCCAGCGCCAGGUACAUGUACCCGCCUGCAGCCUGCGCAGCGAUUCAAUGGGCGCCAGCCUCUCAGCCCGUGGCCCCAUGUGGACGUCACUUGCUGCAAUCCUCGCGAUUCUCCUCGUCACUGUCCACCAGCUAGGACAACCUCCAGAGGGAUUGAAGCCGAAAGUCUUCGUCUUGGGGCUGUCGAAGACGGGCACCACCUCGAUUGGCGAUGCUCUGGAGCGAUUGGGAUAUAGACGCUUAGGAUGGAGAGACAUUCGCAGUCGACAUAGCUGUCACACGUGGGCGAAUGGCGACCUGUCUGCCCUGGAGGAUCUCACCCGAUACUACGACGCAUUUGAAGAUUUGCCUUGGCCGAUGGUCUACAGAGAGAUGGCCGAGCGCUUCCCGAGCUCCAAGUUCGUGCUGAGCUUGAGAAAAGAUGAAGACACAUGGUUGCGAAGCAUGGACAAGCACAUGGGACGCGGCGAGUGGAUGCCAUAUGCACAAUUCUUCGGCGCGACCAAGUUUCAGGGCAAUGAGGAUACCAUACGCCAGUCGUAUCGGAAUCACACUCAGCGCGUCAGGGAAUACUUUCAAGAUAAACCAGAGCGGUACAUGGAGAUGAUCAUUGACGACGGCGACAUCAAUUGGGAUGUGCUCUGUCGAGUUGCGCAAUGCCCCGGAGGCAACGUGCCUACAAUCAGCUUCCCCAAGUCGAAUCCUGCUUCGGCAUGGGAUAUGGGCCUCUUGCAGAAGAGCAUCAGCUUCUGCCGGGGAUGGACCAUCACCAGAAUGGAAGAAAUACUAGCCAAAUACUAUUACGAGCGAGAUGCGAAGGAGGUCAAGGCACUACUUCGAACAUUAUGGAAAUGUUAUGACUUUGUGGAGCGGGCAUAUACUGAGCUCGAAUUCAAGAUUGUGGCAUGGUUUUCACCCCCUUUGACCACAAGUUCUGACAGGCAUAUCUCAUGACAGAUUGGACCACCAGCAGUAGUUCGUCAAAUAUAAUGUA